AUGGACAAAGAAAACUACACCGCUUGGGACAGCGCCGAGUUUCUCACCGAUGACGACAUAAUCAUCGAGUAUCUGAAAGCUGCGCUGGAAGAGAACGAUCCUGCGUUCUUCAUGAAGGCUAUCGGCAAUGUGGCACGCUCCAAGGGUAUGUCCACUAUCGCCCAAGAGACACAUCUGGGGCGUCCGAGUUUGUACAAAGCACUAUCCGGCGAGCGUGACCCAAGAAUCGGCACCGUGAUGAAAGUGCUUGCCGCACUUGGAAUUCAGCUCACUAUCGCGCCGAGACAAGCCUAG